AUGGUGAGCUCCAAGCUCGCCCUCGUGCUCGUGCUCACCGCUGGCGGUGUCAUGAGCCGUUCCUCCCAAAACUUCAGACGGCUGGACCGUCUCGAUCGUCGCCGGGGUCCGCCCGGUGGAUACGGCGCUGGUGGUACCGAUCCUCUCACUCACCCCGCUGCUCCCGGUGGCGGUGCUGGUGGCUUCGGCAACGGCGGCACCGAUCCUCUCACCCACCCCGCUGGAGCUGGCUCUGGUCCACCCGUCUCUGCCUCCAGUGGCGGCCAGAUGCACUGGGCCACCGAUGCCUCGGGCAUGACGGGUGCCGAGCUCCAAAAGCAUCUACCCUCUGGCUUCUUCCUCGGCUCGGCCAUCGACAAUCCCGAUCUCAAGGACCCCAAGGUCGCGCCGCUCAUCAAGUACCUUCCCUACUGGACCCCCGGCAACUCGCUCAAGAUGCAGUUCGUCUACGAAAACGAAAACUCGUGGCAGGAGCUGCUCAAGGGCGUCACUUCGGCAACAAAGGGCACGCCGACCAAGGUCAAGUACCACACGGUCAUCUGGGGAGCCGAGCAGAGCAAAGUGAUGAUGCAGCAGUCGUUCAGCAAGGAAGCCAUGAUGAAGACGAUCACCGACUUUAUCUCGACCAAGCUGUGCACCAAGCUCAUCAAGGAGGCCGAUUUCUGGGCGAUCGACGUGCUCAACGAGGUGUUUGACGACAGCGGUAGCGGGUUCAAGAAGAACGGCUACUUCGAGGUGAUUGGCGAAGAGGGGUACAAGUCGGUGCUCAAGCUGGUCAAACGGAAGUGUCCGGAUUACAAGAUCAUCGUCAACGACUACGGCAUGGAAUCGAUGAAUGCCAAGUCGAACUUUGCGUUCAAGACGAUCAAGCAGUGGUUGGCCGAGGGGGUACCUGUGGAUGCUGUCGGUCUGCAAUUCCACGUCCAGCUGUCCAAUCGGUACGAAGACAUGCUGGCGUCCAUCCAGCGCUGGACGAAGGAACAGAUCCCCGUGGUGCUCUCCGAGAUCGACGUGCCCAUCAACCUACCGCCCUCGAAGGACGAUUUGGAAAAGCAAGCCCAGCAGUACGGCAACAUCGUUCAGGCUGCCCUCGAGGGCGGUGCGUUCGGCGCCACCUUCUGGGGUCUCACCGACGAUCACACCUGGUUCGGCACACAGAAGGAUGCCAGCGGCGUCGGCCACGGCAAGACGGGCGCUCCGCUCCUCUUCGACGAGCAGGGCAAGCCCAAGCCCGCCGUCGCUGCCAUUGUCGAUGUGUUCAAGAAGUGGGGCAGCAAGCCCGCCGGUAUCGAGGGCGGCCGCGCUACGGAUCUUGGCAAGGGCAAAGGCAGCGAUGCCGACUCGUCGAAGGGCGAUUCGGGCGAUAGCACUGGCGCUGGUGCCGGCACUGGCGGCGCUGAAGGAUACGGCUCUGGAUCUGACGGUUCUAGCUCUGGCGGUUCUGGCCCCGACGCUGGCUCUGAUGCUCCUGAUGCAGCCUUGGGUGUAGGAAACGGUUCAGGCUCAGGUUCAGGAUCAGGCUCUGGUGCCGGCUCGAGCUCUGGCUCUGGUCCUGGCUCAGGCGAAGCUUCUGGCGGAUCAGACGACGAGGGUCCUCUCGACAGAGGUCCGCCUGACACUGGCCUCGGAGGCGCUGGCAGCUCUGGUUCGACUCCUAUUUCCAGCGGAGGCGAUGCUGGCGGCGCUGGUGAAGGCUACAACCCUGGUCCUGGUUCUACCGGAAGCACUGGUGGUGAUGCCGGCGAUGCUGGCAGUGCUCCUGGCGGCGGAGAUGCAAGCCCCACACCCGGUGCCCCACCUUCCACUCAGCCUUCACAGUCCUAUGGUCAGCCCGGCGGUGCUCCUGGUGCCUCUUCUGGUGCUCCAGGUGGUGCUCCUGGCGGCGCACCUGCCCCCAAGCCCAAGCACCACGGGCACGAGCACCAUGAACACAAACACCACGGACACCAGCACCACGAGCCCACUCCUGACGACUCGUACGGCCAGCCCGGCGGUGGUGCGGCUGGCAGUGCUCCCAGCUGGCCUCCUCCCAGCGUUUGGGGCGCUCAGCAGGGCGGCUGGGGUGCUCAACAGGGUGGCUGGGGCGCUCAACAGGGUGGUUGGGCUGGCCCGCCCGGCAUGCCAGGCAGUGUGCCAGGCGGCCUCCUAAACAAGCCCGGCGGCCCAGAGGGCUACGGCGCCAAGCACCGUCGUGCCAUGAUGCGACGCCGUCGUUAA